ACAGAUAUAGAUACAAGUUCUGUUCACAUGCAUGCCUAAAUUUAUAUUUAAGUAUGGAAGGCUAUAGAUAUAACAUUGUUAUAGUAAUAGACUCUAUUAUGACUACCUAAUAGAGCGCCACAUACGCCAAAAUAAGUUUUUUAAGGAAUUUUAGUAAAUAAUCGUCCUUUAUAAUGAGUACGUCUGAUUGUUUGCAUUCCGAUUUCUUUGUUUAAUCAAAUUCAUUUGAAAAACUUGUCUUGUACACUUUUUUUAAAUAAGAACCAGUAAAAUAUUGCCCAGGUUAAGUGUUCUUUGCCGAUUUCAGGCUCGAAAUGUAUUUACACACUUUUCGAACAUAGAAAAUGAGUGUUGACUAAUCGUCUUCACUCUUGAAUUUAUUUAUAAUCUGAAAGUGUCUCUAAAUCGCUGGAAAUUGAAACAAAAAUGAUAGGCAUAAGCUUAUUUAUAAGAGCCAGUUAAUUUCAGCUCCACUCCUCACAUCUCGAGUGUUAUUAUCUUGAUUAAGUAGCUUGGUUACCUUGAUAGUUUUCCUUGUAGUUUCCGUUUACUUUUUCGUGAUUAGGAGCCGAUGUUGCAAAUUGCAAUAGGCCUAACUACGGUAUUUUCAUCAGCAGCCCUUUUAAAUUUACUUUUACUAUAGCCUUAUAGUUCAAAUGUCGGUAGUUUCAAUAUAAUGCAUCUUAGAGUAAACAUGUCUGUAAAUUUAAAGUUCCAGACAGAGACGUAAUUCUACAUGCGAUGAACAUCUGGGAGAGACUCACCUGUAUAACAUUUGUUGAACUCACCGAUGAGAAAGACAUUCUGGACGAAAACAAAAACAGGGUUGUAUUCUAUCGAGGAAAUAGCUGCUGGUCAGGCGUUGGUAAAUACGGUUUCCCUGAGCAGUAUGUCUCUCUCGGUCCAGAUUGUAAUUUUGUUCACGUCAUAUUGCAUGAGAUAGGUCACGUGGUUGGAUUUGAGCAUGAGCACAAGCGACCCGACCGAGACAAGUAUGUUAGAAUCAACUGGCUUAACGUCAACAAGCUGGAUGCGUACAAUUACGAGAAACGACAGACCUUGACUACGGUGCCCUAUGACCUGUAUUCUAUAAUGCAUUAUGCUCGUGACACAUUCAGCGAAAACGGAUUGCCCACGGUUCUAACAGUUGACCCCCUUAAGCAGUAUGAUAUAGGCAGAGCACGUGACCUUAGUUUUCUUGACAUCAAGUUGGCUAAUGAAAUGUAUAAGUGCAAUGAAAAUUGUAACCACGUGGAUAUUUGCAGGAACGGUGGUUUUGUUGGCCCAAGUCCGAACUGUCAAUGUGUGUGUCCAUCUGGUUACUACGGGGAUCGUUGCCACUUCACAUCACCUCCAGUCUCAACAGGUUGUCGUCAUCGGAUUCUAGAACCUUCUGGUAAAAUUAAAUCUCCGAAUUUUCCUGCAAACUAUAAUAGUCAAGAGGACUGUAUAUGGUACUUGAAGGCAAAGGAAGGACAAACAAUAACUUUGAAAUUUACCGAAUUUGAUGUAGAAGAUUCUCCAAGUUGUACCAGGGAUCAUUUCAAUAUACGUACAAAGAAUAUGUACCAAGACGAAGAAGAUAAGUUCUAUUGCGGUAACAGAAUUCCAGAGACAGUAACAACGGAGGGAAAUGAAUUGAUGCUCCUCUUUUUAUCAGAUUACAACAUCCAAUCGAAAGGGUUUUCUGCAGAGUAUACUUUCAAUGAUAAAGAUAAGACAACGGAUAUAUACAAUCCAAACUGUUUUGAGAGAAGUUGUUACAUCUUUUUAGAACGUCAGUCGUCUCAUGCUGACGCUAAGAAACUUUGCAAGAAAAAGGGAAUGGCACUCUUAAUGGUCAGUAGCUUCGAAGAGAAUGCGUUUCUGAAGCAACUGUUUGGAGAGUCUUUGAUUGGUAGCAGUUACUGGAUUGACUUCCCGUAUAACGUAGAUGAAAGGGAACCCGGGUGGGAAUGGGCUUUGGACUGGUAUGAAUACAUUGUUGGUACCAAUGGUACUGAUUGCUGUAUAAACGUUGUAUACGAUGACUGGAUAUCUGAAUAUUGUGUUGAUACCGAACCAUUUAUUAUAUGCGAGACAAGAGUACCAGAAAGUGUUGAACCCAAAUGGCGCCAGUGGUCCGAUUGGAAUGACUGCACUGUCACUUGUGGAGGCGGAACCAAAACCAGAUACCGUCAUUGCAGUCUGCCUGGCCUUUGUAACGGAACAUCUAACGCAACAACUGAAUGCAACACCGCAAAAUGUCCCGGAUCCUUUGCUCGAUACAAAAUGACCAAUCAGAGCUCAUUUGUGGAAGAUUCGUGGAAAGCGGUUGAUUCGUUCUAUUGGCCCAAAACUUCCGAUGGUAGCUGUUCUGUAACUGAAUAUGAAUGGGAACCCUGGUGGGUCGUGGACCUCGGUAAAUCACAUACUGUCGUGAAACUUUCUGUCACUAUCGAUGCACAGCGAUAUAUAAUAACAGAUGGUUAUCCACCGAUGGAUUAUGAACACGCGCUAACUUUGCUCAGUAUACAGAAUGCGCGGUGCUGUAAUACGUGUGGGAAACUAGUAGUUACGUGGCCCGAUCCAAAAUUCAUCAAUUACAAGUUCCAAGGGAAGAUUGAGUGCUCAAUCAAAUCUGGCUCUAAGUUUUCAAUCGGCCAGAGUCUGGUCACAUGUACAGCAAAUACUAAUUUCGUGACGUACCAAAACAUUUGUUCGUUUGCAGUUAAUAUUCAUGUCUGCAAUCAGAAACUAAAUUCAUCUUGCUACACGUUAAUAAACGAAAAACACACUUACUUGGAAUCUAGAGAAAGAUGCCGGCAGCUAGGUUUUGAUCUGGUUAAUAUAGAAACUACGGAGGAAAAUGAUUACGUCUGGAAAGAGAUGUUGUUAGGCUUAACACAAGAACGAUGCGCCUUUAUUGCUCCGAAUGACAAGACCGAAGAGGACGUUUACGUAUUACCAAAUGGAGAAAAUAUAACGUAUACAAACUGGAAUUCGUUUGAGCCCAACAAUUACGGAAGCGGACAACAUUGUGCCGUCAUGUACAAGUAUGAAGGUAAAUGGAGUGAUGAGGACUGUCGGUUUCCUAGAAUCGCUAUCUGCGAGGCACCAUUACCAGUAGUACCAACUAUAGCUACAGGCCAAUGCGACCAUGAAUAUAAUGGCGCUUGCUACGUUGCUAUAGACACUAAACUGAACUUCAAAGUUUCCAAAAAGCUCUGCCAAGCCAAAGGUGGGCAACUUACCAGCAUCCGGGAUGCAGAUGAAAACAACUUCGUAAGCACGCUCGUCAAAGUAGAAGCUUACAUUGGCUUGACGGACGCACAAAAGGAGGGAAACUGGAAGUGGCUUUCCGGAGGAAAACCUAAAUUCGAAAAAUGGCUAAAAAACCAACCAGACAACAAAGGAAAGGGCAAAGGUGAAGAUUGUGUAGCCAUUAAACCAGGCGGGGGGUGGAAAGACGUAUCUUGUAAGCGUAAGCUUAGAGCGAUAUGUAAAAUACAUAAGUAAAUACCACCAAAAGAACUAUUUAAUAUAAUUUAUCAUAAAUAAUGGUAUAUAACAUACCUGAUCUUCAAUCAAACUACGGAUGGAGUAAGUUACUUUUAUAAUGAUUUUUGGUUCCCACUUUAUACACAAGCUAUUACUGGUGGUGGGAACUUUAAGGCCUUUUGUUCUAUUACCAUUAUUUACUAUAAUUUAAAAGCCUUUUGUAUAAAUGAAUAUAUUUUACUUAAUUUUUUCUCAACGAAAACGAUGGCGGUAUCGCAUGAUAUUGGUAACUCGUGGAAUUCGACUAGAUGAAUUUAAAUUUAAUAUUGUUGACGUUUAUGUGGUUAAAUUCAUAAUAAAUUUCUACACGGCAUUCGAUAUAUUAUAGUCACGAUACAAUAGUAUCGAAUUUUGUGUACAUGAUAUAUUGUAACAAAUGCAAUCUAGGCAAUUAUAUUGGUGAGACUAGCACUAAACUUAGACUAAGAUUAAAUAAUCACAAGAAAUCUGUUAGAGAUAGGAGCAAAUGUUUUCCUGUAAGCGAUCACUUUAACUCACAGGGACACUCCAUAGAUAAUCUACGUUUUAUUAUAUUAGGCUGUAACUACAAAGCUACUAGAGAUACACGUUGCUCCGAAUUACGUUGGAUCAGGGAACAGUGAAUUUUCACUGUUCCCUGGUUGGAUCAUGCGUAUCAAAUCACACAUCAACGGACUCAAAUCUAGGCUUUGCUAGUGGUUAUACAUUCACUAAGAAUUAAUUCCUUAAGAUAAACUGUGUAUGGAUUGUUUCACCCAGUAAUUAUUUUCUACUGUUGUCUCAUUCACGUUGAGAAAGUCCUGAGGACAGGACGAAAUAUUCGUGCCUAAUAAAAGUAUGUUCCUAUAAAA